CCAGGUCCUCUGGGGGUUUGCGGAACUGUUCAGGGCGGCAAAGUUCCCUCAAUUCCAGCGCAAUGGUCAUUUAGCAGUUGAACUCAAAUGUUUUAAUGAAUUGACUUGGGAAAGGCGUAUGCCGAGGCUUGGGUUGUUGAUAGCGCUUCUUCUAGCGACAGGCCAUGGACGGCCACAGACACCAAGAGAAAUUUUCUUCUCCACGCCGCCUGCGAUACUCGUUCGAACCCUUGCCCCGAAUCUGGAUGCGACGAGGUGGAGCAUUUACCAGCACUUCACCUUGGAGGUCACCGGAGAAAGAUUAAAGGGUGGCUUGUCAGGCGGUCAACCGCUCAUCGUUGACGGUGAGGCUUGUGAUGCAUCCAUGCCACUCACUGCAGCGCUGGAGGGCUUCCUUCCGCAAGGGGACACCUUUUCGGCGCCUGAAAUGUCGUCAGACUACCUGGCAGAGGUGUGGCGGUUCAAGAAUUUGCGCUUGACAGUUGGAGGCGUGUUCAGUGCUUGCUGGUGCCGACCAGAAGGUCAGGAGCACUGGCCCGGAGAGCCGAAGCCUGCAACUGCUGGCCGGGUCUGUGAGAUGGCGGCAGGUGGUCCUUUGCAUGUGGUUGGUCCAGUGGAACUGCUAGGGACUGACGGAAUGCUAGAGCAGGACCCCGAAAGCACUCGAACUCCAUAUGUGCUUGAUCGCUUUCUGCUGAAUGUUCAAGGCUACUUCUUGGAGGUGGACUUUGACCGAAUCCGAGUUGUGGAUGAAGAUGUUUCGUGCGGUGGGCCUGGAUCAGCACUCUCAAGUCAGGCCUUUCUUGGUUCUGGUGUUGGAGCAGCUGCUGCAUCGGUGAAGCCUGGAAUUCAAUUCGUCGCUUCUCUUGGACAGCCAAGUACUGUCGGCUCCAUGGAAGUUCAAGAUGCAAGUGGCUACCUUCCGGAGAUCAGGGCACCACUGGGGCCCGGUGUCGACCCAACGGGUGACAACGCAUCUUUGGUUUGGUCUGAUCUUGCAACUACUACAGCUGGGGUCUACAGAGUCUGUUGGUGUUCUGCGUUGAGGCCUACAAAUGCAGGAGACAAUGUUGUGGACAUGACAGACCUGUUCCCAUUUCCGCCUGAUGAGGUGAACAUUUCGAAUGAUACGAAUGAUUCAAAUUGGACCUGGGACUAUGACUUUGGCUGGGAGGACUACGGGGCAGCGUUUCGACAGCUGCAGGAGAGAGGUGGCAAUGGAGGAAGUAAUGACAGCAACCUCAGCAACCAGAGCGAGCCGAUGGAUGGUGACAACAUGAGCAACAGCAGCAACGCAAGCUUCGAGGAGCAGCUAGAUGAAGAUCUUGACCAGCAGCUUCUGAAUGUCACGGCUGUUUGUCACUCUGAUGCUUUGUUCAACUUGGAUCUCGGCAAUUUCUCGAUUGCCGGUCCAACCUCCUUGGAGGUGCUUGGAGCUGAAGGCUUCGAUCGGCGUAAAGUUCGCGUUGGAGUUAAUUUUUCUCUGACAGUCCAUGGCUUUGGUUUGGGAGAUGGAGUUUCUCAAAGACUUCGAUUGGUCCUCGCACCUUUGCGCUGCGGCCAAGCGGGGACAGUCAAUGGUACGCAACAUCUUCGGGGCCAAUUGGCAGAGGACCCUGAAUCACCUGGGAGCGGCUCAGACCCCAACUCGGCACAGACUUGGGGGCCCUUGCUUCUGUCACGAAGUGGUCUUUACUAUGUUUGCCUGUGCUCUGGACGAGGGAGGCAGUGCGGCCAAGAUAUCGACUACCAGGUAGAGGUUGGCAGCGUUGAGGCGUUCUGGCCUGACUUGCGCUUGGCUUCAGGCGGCUUCGAGCUCAGAGUCCUUCCUCAUGUUGUUUUCGCAAUGGAUUUGGUGGGCCCUGAGCUGUCAGUUUAUGAUCGCGUGAGGAUCAUUGACUACAGCGGUGAAUGUGGGCAGCCUGGGUCCGAAGUGCACACUCCGAAGCUGCGGGGGCCGCUAGCUGAAACUCCAAACGUGCAAGGAGUGCAAAGUGGCGCAAAUACACUGACUUGGCCCAACCUGCGACUUGUCGAUGGUGGGGUUUUCCGCGUAUGCUGGUGCCCUGGAGCCCAACAGGGUGGAGCUGAGAGGAGCAACUGCUCCACAGCUGCAGACUUCUACGCAGAGUUUGGGACAUUUGCGUCUUUGAAGAUCAGAGAUGGCUGGUCUAGCGUUUGCGCACGAGCUGAAGAGCCCAUACUGAUCCAUGUAGCUGCUGUUGGGCUUCGUCCAGAGGUUGACCGCGUGUUGCUUCUGCAAGCUUCGAGAGUGUGCGGAGAGGCAAGUCCUGAUAUUCUUGACCCAGGAGGUGUCGUUGCAGCUGAAUCAGGGUUCGGCGCCCUCCAGUGCAAACAAGAUCCAAAUGCUGGUGCAGAGACACUUGAGCGCAAAAUGGUUUGUGGCGGAGCCAACUCGUUGGGGGCUGUCCGAACCUACUCCUUGGGCACGUACAGGAUUUGCGUUUGUGGAUCAUUCCAAAACUAUGACUGCUCGGACCCUUCACACUACUGGACGCCAGCGGGCGAUCCGCUCCAGGUGUUGAUGCGGUCAGAUGCUCCAGGGGCAGCGCCCAGCGUUCCUCCACUAUCUCUUUUGUCAGCACACAGUCCGGCUACUGCAGCAGCCUUUGCUCCAAACCCGCUGGGAUUGCACAGGCGGCUGGCCGCUGGAUAUGAGGAUGGAGUAGUUCGAAUUUGGCGGCCUGCAGCUCCGAAGAUUGAUGCCGAGCUAGUUGGGCAUCUUGAUCACGUGCAGGCUCUUUCUUGGUCUCCUGAUGGCACGUGGCUGGCUUCAGCAGGGCUUGACGGAAGCCUACGUGUGUGGUACCCGGCGCCGGAUCAUCCUUGCCCAAAAUGGCAGGCGAUUUGGGCAAGACCAGGUGGCAACAUGCCAGACUUUGACUGGCAGAAUGUCAUUCUAGGGCACUUGUUAUCGAUGGACCCCCUCAACAUCACAGAGGAGCCAUUUGUGCAGUUUGCAGAGUCGCUUUCCAGCGACGACUUGGCAGACUUAGGCCAUUUGACCAUGAAGCGGGCCGGGCAACAGUGUCAAAAGGCCUGCGGCAACUUUCGGGAGAUGGCAGCAGAAUUUUGUGAGUGCGGGCCCAGCUUGGAAUGUCACAUCCUGGGGACGUGCUUGCCAAAAUGUGGCUUGGAGGCGUACAUUUGGCCACGAGCUCACCACCAAGGGCUUACUGCUGUGACAGUUUCGCCUGAUGGGACAGUGGUGGCUACGGCUUCACUGGAUGCUGAAGUGAAAGUUUGGGACGCGAGGACUUUUUGGCCAGACGCGCUUGCCACAGUUUCUUUGCACAGCCGAGCGGUAUUGUCCUUGGCCUUCUCUUUGGGCACAGGCUCUGGAGUAGUUCUAGCGACUGGUGGCGAUGAUGAUCUGAUCGGCUGGUUUCUGCUUUCGCAAGUUCUAGACGCAGGAGUUGCUGCAAGCCCUGUGCCUUUCCACCACUUCCGGGAGGAGGAAGCCUUGGGAAAGAAUGUCGCCAUCGUGGCCGUUGCAUUUUCACUGGACGGGCUUUGGUUCGCAGCAGCAGGCCGAGGAGGCACUGGUGCUUUGUGGAGCACCCAGUCUGCUGCCAAGGUGCGCGCUUUUGAGCCUGUAUCUGCCAGUGUCAGCACAGGGCAUCUUGCAGCUUUGGCUGGCCUAUCUUUCUCGCAGGACGGGCAAUGGUUGGCCGUUCGUGGGCCUGCAGUCGUCAAGACUUUCUCUCAGAUGGCUGCAUCACUGGGGUUUCUGUGUGCGCGCGCGCAUGCAAGGAUGCUGCCGCUGGCAAAUGUGAAGCAGGGCUUGCCGCCUCCAAACCCUCAAUGGGUUGCGUUUGACGGGCAGGAUCUUGGGAGGGCGGUGCUGUCAUGGUCCUCAAGGCCUGGGCCAGCUGGAAACACGCCGCAGCAUCAAGUCAAGCUGCACUCUAAUGGAACGAUGCUGGAGUACAGAACUCAAGGGGCGGUUAU